CAAAGCAAUAUAUUUCAAUACCCCACAGAUCAUUACACAGACAAACCAUGGUUUCACUUAAACAAGGCGCUUCUGUCUUCUUACUACCUCUCUUGCUCGUUUUUUCCAUCUUCGAGAAGUCCCACGCUGCAGGAAUCGCCGUCUACUGGGGCCAAAACGGCGGCGAAGGCUCCCUUGCCGCUGCUUGUAAGUCGGGAAACUACAAGUUCAUUAACAUAGCUUUCUUAUCCACCUUUGGCAAUGGCAAAACCCCACAACUCAACCUCGCCGGCCACUGCAACCCCGCCGUAGGCACCUGCAAAGGCAUAAGCGCCGACAUCAAAACUUGCCAGAGAAAACGCAUCAAGGUGCUUCUCUCCAUCGGGGGCGGCUCUGGCAGCUACUCUCUUAACUCUGCCAAGGAGGCCAAGAAACUUGCGAAAUACAUUUGGAACAACUUCCUCGGCGGAAGUUCCAAGUCACGGCCCUUAGGCAACGCCGUUUUGGACGGCGUCGACUUUGACAUCGAGGCUGGUGGGGGGCAGCACUGGGAUGAACUUGCUAGAGCUUUGAAGAAGUUCAACAAGAAGCUGAUCCUCUCCGCCGCCCCUCAAUGUCCAUUUCCGGACUCUCACUUGAGCUCCGCAAUCAACACUGGCCUGUUCAAUUACGUUUGGGUUCAGUUCUACAACAACCCUCCAUGCCAGUAUAGAAGUGGGAACACUAAGAAUCUUGUGAAUUCAUGGAAACGAUGGACCAAAGUGAAGGCUAGCCGGGUGUUUUUGGGGGUUCCGGCGUCAACCGCGGCAGCAGGUAGUGGGUUUAUUCCAGUUAAUGUUAUGAAGUCUCGGGUUCUUCCGGCAAUCAAGGGGUCUCCGAAAUACGGCGGAGUCAUGAUCUGGGAUAGGUUCAGCGAUCGCAAAAGUGGGUAUAGCAAGGCCAUUAUCGGUUCUAUCUAAGGAACUCAUCAGGUGUAAGCAUUUGAAUAAGUAGCAGAUUGGUGGGUUUUCUCCUACGUGUUGUAAGCUACACAAGUGAUAUAAAAACUUCUAUAUGCAAUAUCUCCAUGUAAUGUGAAUUUGAAAUAAACAAUAAAAUAUAUAGUGUUUCCACUUCAAACUUUCAUA